UUCAAUUUCAGGAACAAGUCAGUGCUUGUCAAAAAUGUGUUUGAUAUAACGUUCCUAAGAUCUUGAUUACAGAUUGUUUAUAUUCCCCUGAAAUGGCGACAACAAGUUCUAGAGCUGAGGAAAUUUUGAAUGAUGAGGCUUUAGCAGAAGAGGAACUGCUAGAUGAACUAGAAAAUGCAGAAAUUCCUGCCUAUAUAAGAGAAGCACGUCUUGAUCAGUUGAAAAAACAUGCUGUUAAUCUUAAUGAUAUGAAAGAAAAACAACAUGGGCAAUAUACAGAAAUAACAGAAGAGAAGAAGUUUUUAGACCUCACGACAACAGAAAAGAAAUGUAUCGUUCAUUUUUAUCAUUCAGAUUUUAGAAGAUGUGCAAUUAUGGAUACACACUUAGAAGCACUUGCCAGCAAACAUUUUGAGACAAAGUUUGCUAAGAUCAAUGUUGAUAUUUGCAAGUUUUUUGUCGAAAAAUUAAAGAUAAGAACAUUGCCAGCAGUAUUCUGCUUUAUAAAUGGACAAGUUGUUGACAAGGUUACAGGUUUUGAAGAGUUGGGGAAUACUGAUGAUUUCCAGACCAGUACACUAGAAAAUCUGUUAGGCAUAUCAGGUGUUAUACAGUGUACACAGGAAGAAAAAACUAAAAAGACUAUCUUUGGUUUUAAAAAAUCCAGUAAAAAUGAUGACAGUGACAGUUGUGAAGAUGAUGAAAAUGAUUGGAAUUAAAUUAUUGUGUUCAAAUAGAAAUAGUUUUGAAAAUCCAUUGUGCACCUACUAUUAUGGAACUGUUUGAGCAACUUUUCCUCAUUAACAUAGGAAUUGUUUAGGAGAAUUAACAAAAGACUGAUUCAGUGUAAUCAACAUGAUCAGAUCAUACAGUUUUCAACCAAGAUGAUUUUUUCACAUAUUUAAAUGCUCAUUAUAGACCAUUCACCAUUAAAAAAAAAAUCAUAUGCAACUCA